GGGCCUCCAGGGAAAAGAGGGAAAAGCCGGAUCGGCCUCAGGGGACCCCCGGGAAUGGACGGACCCAAAGGAGCCAGGGGUGAAAAUGGCCCGGCGGGACCCAAAGGAGAAAAGGGAGACCCUGGGCUGACUGAGGAAGAGGUGAAGGAGCUGGUGAGGAGCGAGCUGAGGUGCUCCGGGGAUUGUGGAGGGGAGUCGGGAAUGGUGCUCCUGGAAAAGGAGGCGACUCCAGAGGAGGCAACAAAUCCCCGGGAGUGGGAGCAGAGCCAAGGAAUCCGCAGAGAAUUCCCAGCCUCCUGCCUGCAGCCCAUGGAUGAGGGAUCCUGCCAGGAUUAUUCCCUGCUCUGGUACUUCCACCCCGAGGCCAAGGCCUGCAGGCCCUUCCUUUUCGGGGGAUGCCGAGGGAACGGGAAUCGCUUCCCAUCCCGGCGGGAAUGCGAGCGGCGCUGUGGAGCCUCGGCAGGUAAGGCAGCCCCUGGAGUCCUCCAGAUCCAACCAGGAGGGAGGGAAAAGCAGGGAAACCUGGAUCACCAACUGUGA